AUCACUGUCACUGUCAAAAAGUGCUUACUGCUGCUAAGCUUCUGAAAAUUUCUUAUUCUCAAAGUUUUGUUGAUUUUCAUUGGUUUUUCUAUAGAAUUUUACAAAAUUCACAAUGGCAAGCAGUGGAGAAUAUCUCAAAUAUGAUGAGAUGCUAUCGUCGAUAUUGGUUAACGAGAAAUCGAUACUAGGAUUUCUAUCUGCUAUCUUUAAUUUUCUAGCCAGACGAACUGACUUCUACUACAUAGCGAAAGGUCCGCAUGAGAAUAUGGGGUUCCCGGCCGGAGUGGCGGAGCAGUUGGUUCUGAAGGUGUUGCGGUCUUGCGACCCCUACAACCUGGCCGCCAAGAACAUGCCGCCCGCCGCACUUAACAAUGAGAUCAUGUGCUCCACAGUCGCCCAAGAAGUGGAGAUAGAAGCUGACGAGAAUGCUGUUGAACUACCUGAACAAGACUCCUCUAAAACAGAUAAAAAAUCUUCAGAGCCAGGACCUGCCCCUAAUAUAGCUGAGAAGCAAGUUGAAUCGAAACCUAAGAAGGAAGAGAAGAAGUACCACAUUCCUGAUGACUACAAGGCCCCUGUCAUACCAAAACAGCAGAGCAGUGACUCUUACAAUGGUGCUAUAAGAGAGAGAUACACCUGGGCCCAAAAUAUCACGGAACUGGAUGUAACUGUAAAACUGCCUGGUGAUAUAAAGUCCUCCAAGGAUCUGCGAGUGGUAAUAAAUGCCAAUGACAUCUCCGUGCAGAAGAAAAAUGGCGAAGUUAUUAUGAGAGACUCAUUCCCAUUUAAAGUGAAGCCCAUGGAUUCAUUCUGGAGCAUCAGUGAAGGAAAGCUGUUGAUUCAUUUAGAAAAAGUCCAAGAAAGAUGGUGGAACAAAUUCCUGAUUGAAGAAGAUCCGAUAGACCUUGACAAGAUUGAUGCCUCUAGGUCUAUUGAUGAACUCCCUGAAGAACAUGUACAGAAGAUACAAGAGCUGCAGUGGAACCAGCAGCGGAAGAUGCAGGGCUUGCCCACCAGCGACGAGAUGAAGAACAUUGAGAUCUUGAAGAAGGCCUGGAAUGUCGAGGGAUCUCCCUUCAAAGGACAAGAAUUUGACCCAAGCAUACUACACAAAUGAGGAGUAAAACCACUACAAGUAAAAACAUAUUUUAUUCAACUUGGUCAUUAGUUAUAACAAGUUUACCAACCAUUGUC